UCCAUCAGCAAAGAAGAGGCCCCAGAAUAGUGUGGUUUUCAAGGUUGGACUAGGGACUGGAUCUAGAAGGGGCCUUACAAAGAGUCCAACCAUACCAGGGCAGAUGGAGGGAAAGGGAGCGCUGAGGGGUGAAGGGAGGUCAAGAGUUAGAAUGGUCUCCCUUGUUCUGCCCCCAAAGAGGUGACACUUUCAGUCUGGGGUUAGUCAGAUCAUGCUGAACCAAAUGGAGAGGUAUAAUGGAGGCAUUUAGGGGUGGGGUUUUUUCCGUGUUAGCGUUCCCUCUCUCUCUCUCAGAUGCAAGAUGAGGAACCACAGGACAAGAUACAGCAGCCUAUCAGCAAAUUAACUGAGCGGAACCGACUUAGGAUGGUGUUAAAAAACUUGUCACUCUUGAGGCUACUCAAGAAUUCAAACCCUCGGAUCCAAGAACUAUAUAGCCUGGCCAGAAGGUGUUGGAAUUCACUGCUCAACGUUCGGAAGGUCCUCCCGAUCUCCUCCAGACACUGUGCUAAGGAAUUUAGAAAACCCAAUUUUCACAAAGGCUCUGGGAGAAAGUCAUUGCCUUUUGCCUUCCCAACCUCUCACAUCCCUGCUGCUGAUAGGUACCACAUCCCCUGCCCCGAGGUGCAAGGCCUCCGGGUGGUAGAGAAGUUCCUUUCCAGGCCCUCCCCAGCUUUCUUCACAGGCUCCCCUGAGCUGGCUGCACAGCAGCUGCCUUGGGGACAGGCAAGAGAACCAGGCCUUAGUCCUGCUCUACUGACUGCUGUUCCUCUCCUUGCCAGGAACAACACUGUCUGCACUAAAAUGGGCCAGAAUAAUGGACUCCAAGAAGCUAAGUGCUCCAAGAAGAAACUGGAGUCCAAGAACUUAGGGAAGCCUAAGAAACUGAAGUCCAAGGUGAGGGUGCCAGAGAAGAAAAAGGUCCAGCAGUCACCUGCAGCAGUGCCAGAGGGAGAACAACAAGUGGAGCCUGAGGUCCCAAAGACAUCGAUCACUUGCCCUGGAGCCUGGGGGAGGCAACUACCCACUGGAGACCCUGGAGUCAUCUUCCUGAAGCCCCACCGAGGGGACGCGGAGCAGCUGAAAGCAGCUGACCAGUGGAACUGGUUUGAGGGGUUGCCCAGGCGAAUCCACCUCCCAGGACCCCGGGUGAUGUGCAGGCCAUCCACCAUGCGCUUGGUCAAGCGCUGUUGCACCCGCUUCUGCUCUGCAUCACUUGGGCUGCCGAAAUGCCAUCCAUACAGGGUGUGAUGAUGUCACUGCCAGGCCAGGGUGAGAUGUAGGCCUCAAGCCAGGCCCAGAGCUGGGCCCCUGAAUACAGUCUUAGGGGCUGUUGCUGGCAGUGCUGGGAGGCCCCACCUUUAUGACUAGAAAGGGAAGCUCAGAGAGGGGCAAACCAUUGACCAAGACCAUACACCAGCCUAGUGGCUAGGCUGGAGCCUCUCAGGAUCCAACUAGGGCUCUAGGGAAGGAGAGGCCUCAGGAGGGGCCAAACUGCUAUGACUCGGAAUCUCACAGAAGUCUGAGUAAGCAGUUUAGGAAUUCCUAAAUGUGGGGGAAGGUGAUGUGGUCAAGUAGGGCUCUGCCACACUCAGACCAAAUGAACUCUCCAUUUGUUUUAUUUAUCCAUGUUUCAAAAAAGAUGUACUCUGAAAAAGUUCCUUAGCACGAAAAAGAAUACUCCAGCCCCUCCAAGAGAGAAUCAGGUCCCAAGAAAGGAAGGGGGUGAUGGGCUUGGGAGUCCAGUGGAAAGGGAAGCUUCCCCUUCACAAAACCCACAUCUCCAACCUGCCAGAUAUUUCAGUGUCCAGUCCCUAAGUCAGUGGUUCUCAACCUAUGGGUCGCGACCCCUUUGGGGGUCAAACGACCCUUUC